UUUUGUGCACCUAAGAUGCUGCUUGGCUUGCUGUGUUCAUCCAGCUCCACACUGUUAUCUCGGAUUCUUCAGCAUCUGCAGUUCCCAUUAUCUCUGAAAUCCGGUCUCGCGGGCCGAUAGAGGCGGGAGCCGCUGAGCCCACGCGCUGGCGGCGGUUUCAUUUCGAAAACAAAAACGGUAGACGGCCGUGAGCGAGAUGGCGGGAAGCGCGAGUGAGAGGAAGAGGAGGAGGAGGAGAAUGACGGUGAGGAAAGUAGACAAUAUGAAUUCAACUGCACAAGAUGGCUUGAGCAAAGCACAAAGCGAUAUGAGUGAACCAGAUGUGUUUAGUAUAAUUUCGGAAGCCAACACAGAACUGUCAAAACGUACAGGGAGUAAAAUAAUUCAAUAUGGUGACGUUCUCGUAGAUACCACCAGAAAUUCUGUCGUGUGUUCACAAAGACCAAAAAACUGCUUAUGGCCUUCUUCACAAGAUGGGAACGUCUAUGUACCAUAUGUGAUUGAUAAAAUAUACAGUAAGAUGCUUUCAUUAUUAGCAGAUCAUACUGAAGAUCAGACAAAAGUAAUAUGGAAAUCUCUGCAUGAGAUUAGUUCCCUUACUUGCGUGAAGUUUUAUUAUAGACGAAGUAAUGAACCUGGUUAUAUUUCUGUUCAAUCGGAAAAUGGAUGCUAUUCAUAUGUUGGGUACAGACCCAUUAAGAGAAAAUUAUCACUGAAAGUUCCAGGCUGUGUGCAUUUUGGUUUGGUUGCACAUGAAUUUCUACAUGCAAUUGGUUUUCAACAUGAGCACUCCAGAAGUGACCGUGAUAAAUAUCUCAAGAUAAUGUGGGAAAAUGUUCCAAAGGGAAAAGAACAUAAUUUUAAUCUAUUGGAGACAAAUAAUCUAGGCACAGUGUAUGAUUAUGGCUCAAUCAUGCACUAUGGCAGAUAUGCUUUCUCCAAGAAUAAAAACCCUACAAUGGUACCGAUACCGGAUCCAAAUGUUGAAAUUGGACAGGCACGAGGACUUUCCACAAAAGAUGUUAUAAAGAUAAACAAGUUGUAUAGUUGUGUGCAUGACCCGCUUUAUGAUAUUGCAGCCGAAACAUUAACUGAUGGAGAUCUCAUUGCCUGGCAAGAACCUGAUCAGACAGCAAUUUAA